GAGAGUUGGGCUGUGUGGGCAGUGAGCCCUGAGGUGACACAGCAGGCAGCCGAGGGGAAUGGCGUGCUUGAGUUUCCUCCUCCCUGUGGUCUUUCUCCUCCUCCUUGUCAGUAUCAUGGCCCAGGGAGAGAAUGGUGUGGUCCACGUGGUGUCAGAGACCUGGAGCAAAGACUACUGCAUCCUCUUCAGCUCUGACUAUGUCACCCUGCCCCGGGACCUGCACCACGCCCCACUCCUGCCCCUGCAUGAUGGCACCAAGGCAUCCUGGUGCCCAGACAGGGACCCCUUCCACCAGGCCUGGUCCAGCUCCUCCAAGCCACAGUCCCUUCGCCGCACCACCGCCAUGGCCAUGAGAGGCAACUGCAGCUUCCACGCCAAGGGCUGGCUGGCUCAGAGCCACGGAGCCCACGGGCUGCUCAUUGUGAGCCGGGUCAGUGACCAACAGUGUUCAGACAUCACCUCGGUGUCCCAGGACCCCCGCCAGCCUCUGCCAGACCUCACCAUCCCUGUGGCUGUGCUACGCUACCCAGACAUGCUGGACAUCCUCAGGCACACGCACGGAGCCGCCACUGUCCGCGUGGCCAUGUAUGUGCCCCCAGAGCCCAUCAUUGACUACAACCUGGUGGUCAUCUUCAUCCUGGCUGUAGGCACCGUGGCCGUGGGUGGCUACUGGGCUGGCCUCAUGGAGGCUGCCUGGCUGCAGCGGCACCAGGCCCGAGGAGGAGGAGGAGGGGGGCCGGAUGGCCACCUUCAGCCACAGGCAGUAGGAGUUCGUGAGGAUGAAGAUGACGAGGACUCUGCAGUCAACUUCACACUGGCCAUUGCGGGUGCCGUGAUCACCAUGUCCUGCUUCAUCGUGAUUCUGCUCUAUUUCUUCUACGACUACUUUGUCUAUGUCAUGAUCGGGCUCUUCGGCAUGGGAGCUAGCACCGGUCUCUACAGCUGCCUGGUGCCCUUCACGAACCACCUGCCACUGCAGCAAUACCAGUGGUCCCUCCCUGGCUGCCAGUCCUAUCUGCAGCUGCCCCAGCUGCUGCUGGCAGGCCUGUGCAGCCUGGUGACCCUCUUCUGGGUCACCUACCGCAAUGAGGACCACUGGGCAUGGCUUCUGCAGGACAUGCUGGGUGUGGCUUACUGCCUCUUUGUCCUACGGCGAGUGCGGCUGCCCACACUCAAGAACUGCACCUGCUUCCUGCUGAUCCUUCUGGCCUUCGAUGUCUUCUUGGUCUUCAUCACACCGAUCUUCACCAAGACUGGAGAGAGCAUCAUGCUGGAGAUUGCCUCGGGCCCAGCAGAUUCUUCAAGCCAUGAGAGGCUUCCCAUGGUGCUCAAAGUGCCCCAGCUGCGCGCCUCAGCCCUGACGCCAUGCGACCAGCCCUUCUCCAUCCUUGGCUUUGGCGAUAUUGUGGUUCCUGGCUUCCUAGUUGCCUACUGUCACCGCUUUGAUGUGCACACUCACUCGCACCAGGUCUACUUCGUGGCAUGCACCAUAGCCUAUGCCAUGGGCCUGAUGGUCACCUUCUUGGCCAUGGUUCUAAUGGAGAUGGGCCAGCCUGCCCUGCUCUACUUAGUGUCCAGCACCCUGCUCACCAGCCUGGCUGUGGCCGCCUGCCGCCAAGAGCUCGCUCUCUUCUGGACCGGCCAGAGCAGAGCUCAGCCUGUGGCAGGGCUCUCUGUUGUCCCUGAGGGUUGCUCCAAACAAGGACAGGAGAGCAUAGCAGAGGACCAGACAGCUAGUAAGUUGAAGGGAGCCACUGACCAAGGGACAGGGGACUUAGACAGCAACUCUGGGGAAGACACAGCUGACGUGAUCACCAUAUCUGAGGAUGAAGCCACCGGUCAAGAGGGCCACAGUGAGAACUCUGGGGCCUGCAGUGAUGCCAGCUUAGACCCCGAUGACCUGCCCCCUGCCUCUUCCAGGGCUGCAGAAGACCUGAGGCCACUGAUGCCGGUGGCCAUAUUGAUCCCACUGAUCGCACUGAUGCCACCACCCUCAGAGCUGGGCCGCAUUCACGCACAGACCUCAGCCCAGGAUGCCAGCCUGCCCUGCCCAGGGCUCCAUGGGAGGAAGGGCUUGAAAGUAAAGAAGAGCAUGUCAACGUAAGCUCCCUGUGAGCUAGAGCCCCUGGGACCUAUGCCUCUGACAGGGCUGGCAGAACACUACAGAGCAAAGCCAUAUGUGUGAAAAGUGUGGUGCAUUAGAGAGA